UGUGCCCAUCAGCGCCAACUGCCGCCGCUGCAUUGCACGGCCUUCCAAGAACCACCGUUCAGCGGUCCCUGCCUCCGCAACUGCAAAGACAGACGCGCGCGCCGCGUCGCGGGCGAGCCGACACGGCGCUCCAGCUCCGGCGGAUCAGAGCGGGGGGGGGGAGCCCCCCCCCGCCGCCACCACCUCUUUGACUCACGACGUCACAUGCUCGGGGGAGUUUCCUGCGAGCUGUCAUUGCUCCUUUCUUCCCCGCGGGCAGCCAAUCAAAGGAAGAGCUGCUGCAAGCGGCCCGGGAAGCGGAGGCGCGCCCACAAUAGCCCGGAGGGUAAGAGAAUGGUGUAGUAGCGGGGACGCCCCUUAACAGGUUGCUCGUUGGCGCCGCGCUGGACCUGCUGCUGGGUUCGCCCUUCGCCUCGGGCAGGAUGGCCGCCGUCGCCAGCGCGGAGGAGCCGGCUUCUUCUCUAGCACCAGAUACCGUUAGAGCUGCGAUGCUCGGAGCCGCCGGGCUGCUGCUGGCGUUGUGGUGGCUGUUGGGCCGCCAGACUCUGCAGCGCCUUCCGCCUGGCCCCAAGCCCUGGCCCCUGGUGGGCAACUUUGCCUUCGCCCUGCUGCCCAAAAGACUGCAGGCCCUCGGGCUCUUCCCGCCCCGCAAGAAGGAAGGGAACUGCGACCGAGCCGAGGACAGAGGGCCGACGCCGAUGCAUGUGCUGCUUACCGGGCUGGCCAAAAUGUACGGCAGCAUCUUCCGAAUGGACUUGGGCAGCCGCCACGUCAUUGUGCUUAGCGACUUCGAGGCUGUCCGGGAUGCGCUGGUCACUCAGGCCGAGUUCUUCAGCGAUCGCCCCAGUGUGCCCAUCGUGGCCAUCCUCACCGAGAAGAAGGGUGUGGUGUUUGCGCCUUACAAUCCAGUGUGGAAAAAACAAAGGAAGUUUUCCCACUCAACUCUCCGUCACUUUGGAUUAGGAAAGCACAGUCUGGAGCCUAAAAUCAUUGAAGAAUUCAAGUAUGUGAAAGAUGAGAUUCUGAAACAUGGAGAGGAGCAAUUCAAUCCUUUCCCUAUUAUUGGCAAUGCAGUGUCCAAUGUGAUCUGCUCAAUGGCCUUUGGUAGACGCUUUGAUUAUGAUGACGCAGAAUUCAAGAACAUGCUAAAUCUUAUGUCACGUGCACUGGAGUUCAGCCUGAAUAGUCAGGUCCUGUUGGUCAACAUUUGCCCAUGGCUCUAUUAUCUUCCUUUUGGACCUUUCAGAGAAUUCAGGCAGAUUGUGCUGGAUAUCACAGCUUUCUUGAAAAACAUCAUUAGACAGCACAGGGAAAGCUUGGAUGCCCAGUAUCCCCGAGACUUCAUUGAUAUGUAUCUCGUGCAUUCUGAUGAGGAAAAGAAGAUCAAUGGGGAAAGUAGCUUUAAUGAAGACUACCUGUUCUUCAUUAUUGGAGACCUUUUUAUUGCAGGCACAGAUACUACAUCCAACACACUACUCUGGAGCCUUCUUUACAUGUCCCUUCACCCACAAGAGCAAAGAAAGGUUCAAGAAGAAAUUGAAUUGGUCAUUGGGUGCAACAGACCUCCUACUCUGGCUGAUAAGGCGCACAUGCCCUUUACAGAAGCAACUAUUAUGGAAGUUCAAAGAAUGACAGUGGUUGUCCCUCUUUCUAUUCCUCGGAUGGCCUCCGAAACUACUGAGCUUCAGGGAUACCUUAUUCCAAAGGGCAGUGUAAUCAUUCCUAACUUGUGGUCCGUGCACAGAGAUCCCAACAAAUGGGAGAACCCAAAUGAUUUUUGCCCGGCAAGAUUUCUGGAUGAGAAUGGCCAGCUCCUCAAAAAAGAAACAUUUAUUCCUUUUGGAAUUGGCAAACGUGUGUGCAUGGGAGAACAGCUUGCCAAGAUGGAGCUUUUCUUGAUGUUCGUGAGCCUUUUGCAAAGUUUCAACUUUAUAUACCCUGAGGACUUAAAGAAACCACCAAUGGAAGGAAGAUUCGGCCUGACGUUAGCUCCCUUUCCAUUUAAACUUAUUGCCUUAAAGAGAUGAGGAAACUUCCAAGAAAAAUGUUGCAUGAUGGUCAUGUUACUAUAUGAAAUUCAGGGCUAUAAAUGAAAUGUUCUUCACCAAAAGCUAGUCAUUAGCCCAAACAGGCUAGGGAAUUUUCAGCCCAUGGGAUAUCCAAAAAUUAUCAAGCACUUUCUCCUUUGCUUGGGCUGUCCCCCACUUGAUAUGCUGAAACUCUUCAACUAUAGAAACAAACUGAAGUAUGUUGACUCCAAGAGCUGCAGAGUAGCAAGAGAAAAUUGGGGCAGCCACACAUAAGGGAACCAUUGAUGGUUGAAUGCCUUUUUAUAGUAGACUAAAAAGCAAAGGAAAAUAUUGGAAAUAUUUGCACACGACAAUAGACAAAAGCCAAAAAAAAAAAAAGAUUCAGAAAGCACUUCUGUAUUUGGAACUUUUAAAAAGACAUAGUUAAAGAUGGGUUAUGUUAAAAACUUGAGCGGCAUUGCAAACUGUCUUAAAACCCAGUUGCUGGGGCGGAGUAUGUGUGUCUUCUAUUGGAUAAGUCUGGCUUGUCUUUCAGUAGUAAAUCAAGGGGAAAAAAUAGCCGUCUUGCACAUGCAAAUAUUAGUUCAAUCCUUGGCUGGCUCCUUUUACAUGCUCCAGGGAGGCUGCUUUUUUUUUUUUUAAAAAAAGUGAAGCCUCAAACAUACAUAGAUGUGAUCAAUUAAAUGAAUGUUCCAUCCUUGUUUUAAUAAUGAAGGAAAAUUUACUUUUAAAUGAUGAUGGAAAUGGAAUAGAUUUUGGGGUGAUACAAAAUGAUGUUAUUGAGUCUAAGAUUCACAAUCUUUGUGUCCAAACUACUGUUCAUUUGUGCUAAUCAUGAAAAACAAAACAGUGAGUGGACUUCCACAAUUCAAUUUUUAAUAUAUAUUUCUUGAGAUUUAUCUCAUGGCAGCUCUGUUUAUUGUUUGCUAAAAGCAAAUUUUUGUUGGCACAACUUAGAUAAUUUCUCAACUGUUCACAUUCUGAGUUUCUGGCAGAUUUCAGAAACUGCUGAGCUCAGCCUGAUUUAACCAGCAAGCCACCCAUAAAAUCUAUGUUGAAAAUGUGUAAUACAUAGUGUAAAUGCCAUAGGAAGUGGCGUUAGCAUGGUCAAACUGUAUUGCUUCAGGAAAGCAUAGGAAAUACAAUGAUAAAUAUCUAAAAAUAGGAUUUUAUUGGGCAGAAGAUGUACUUGUCUCUAUUAGUGCUCUACCAUUUGUAUUGGAGAACAGUCUUGACCAGUUAUAAUUGUGGUCCUGGCAUGAACUAUACAUAAAAUAAUUCAAUUGACAAAUAUUUGAGUUUGAAAUUUGGGACAUAAAAUUUAAUUUAAAAAGGCCUUUAGAAAUGAAAGAUAGGUAGGAAUGCAACUCUUAUUCUAAUCUUAUUUUCCAAACUAAGAUUAGAAUUUAAGUCCCAUGCUUUUAAAUACUAAAACGUAGGGAGGAAGAAUAAUUGCUAGUUCCUAUAUUUCUUAUAUAUUUCAUGGUCCAUAAAUGCAGAAUGUUUUGAUGAACAUUUAGAUGCUAUUCGGCAUAAUAAAAAAGAUGUACAUGUAUUUAACUACAACUCACAUUUUAAUUAAAUUAACUGCAUUUUAAAAAAAGAGAUAAAUUUUCCUUGGGUGAGGUAAGAAAGGUAACUAACUAUUCCUUUUCCUGCAUGUCAUCCCAAUUAAAAAAAAAUCAUACUGCCAUAACUUGGGGCUUGUACUUUUUGGUGGAAAAUCGAAAGUAAUUCCAAUUGAAAAUGGUUUUUGUUCAUUUUCAGUUCACAGAGAACCUGAAUUAAUGGAUCAGCAGGUUUGAUGAACAGACUGAACCAUAUUUCGCUUACCUGUGGUUUAUUGCAUGAACAAUAUUUAACUGGUUCAUACAAUAGUGUUAAAAAUUAAAUAAAGGGCAUUGUGUAAUAUGAAUUACUGUAACUCGCAGAAUGAAUUAUCCUUUAAAAAGGAAACUUGGCCAUCUUCGACAAUCCUUAUCCUUCAAUUGCACUGCUAACAUUUAGAUGAGUGCUGCUAUGGCAGAUAAUCUUAUCAGGCAAAAUACAACUGAUCCUUGGUAUGGCAUGUGGGUCCUUUUGUAAUGAAGCAAUCUUUUACUGAAGCACUUUAUAAUUUUGUCAGAUUCCAAAGGUCUGUAUUUCUGCAUUUUAGAAGGCACUAAGGGCCUGUGUAAGAGCUGGGUAUAUUAGUUGACUAUACCUUACUAGUGUUUAUAUUGUCUAAUGUUGUUUUCAAAAUGAAUGCCUUGUUUAGAAUUUUAGGAUUAGAAUGUAAAAUCCAAGAUGGAUUGCUUUUUUUUUAAAGGUGCCUAUAUUUAGACACAGUGUGAAAUAUGUUCAUCUAAAUAAAGUUUUAGAUAAAUGAAAUAAAAUAUUUGUCUAAAUAAAGUUUUGCUUUUAAAAACCGACCAUUAAGAAGACA